AUGGCGGCGGAUCAGGCGCUCAGUCUCCUCUCCGGCAUGGAUCUGCUGAACAGUGACCAGCAGCCAGACGUGGUUGUUGUUCUGUUGCUUGCAAGGUCAGAAGAGGAGCCAGAGUCUGCUAAGAGGCGUUGCAGAAGGGAAGAGCCAAGAAGGCUUGCGCUCCACUCGACGGUGCUCAGACAAGGGAGCCCCUUCUUUGCCGCACUCCUCCGCUGGGAUUCUGAGCGUGACACCAAAGGCCAGGAGCCCCUUCAAGAAGUGGUGGUAGAGGGAUGCCAAGACCUGGAUGCCAGCGUGCUUGCUCUCCAAUUGCUCUACUGUAGGGUUUUGAACAAAACGCCUGUUGGCCAAAUCAUCGUACAAGGGGUGGAGCACGCCCUCGCAGUUCUGAAGGCAUGUACCUACUUCCCGUCCGAGUCUGGCAUCGAAUACUGCAGGUCAUUCUUGGGAGCAGCAAAAUGGGACCACAAUGAUCGGGAAAGCAUUCAUCUGUGCUUUGGAAACUUGGGGUUGGAGCUGGGAACGGACUUGACAGAAAGAUUGAACGUCCAAAAGAGCAAGACUGUUCACGGGAGAUCCUUCAGCCUUGAUCACAAGCUAGCGCUCGGCUCCUUGAAGACUCUCUGGACAUCCGACGACGCAGAGAAUUUUGUAAGUCGUGUUCCAGAAAUAUUCGUCAAGCUGAAUGACGAUGCAGUGACUAAGCCGCUGCUCGACGUGUUCGCGCAGCUUUUCUUGAAGCCACUUGAAAAGCUCUUCAUCUGCGCUUCUGAGGAACCCUUGCCGUUUUCUGAAGAGCGGAGCCGAACGAACUUGCUGCGACUCUGGGUGCCUAUCAUGCUAACAUUCGAGCAAGCAGAGCUUCUACAUUUCUACUUCGAACCAUAUUGGAUUGAGGCCAUCUUCAACUCGCUGUCACAAGAAGCAAAACAUGGUUUCCUGGAAAAGUGGUUGGGCGAGAAGAUCAUCCUGUCACCAGACGUCUUGGAAAAAGGAACGGUUGGAAACUUCCUCAACACACAAGUGGAGUGCUAUCUUAUUCAACUAGAGCGCGCCGAGUUCGUCAAUGGAGACGAGCAGCCAGACGUGAUUGUGUCGUUGAAACUCAAGGAACUGGGAGCCGCAGCUAAGUCCCAUAGAAGGAGACGCAAGCAGGUAAUGCCGCGAAGGCUUGAACUGCACUCUUCAGUUCUAAGAGAAGGCAGCCCCUUCUUUGCCGCUCUCCUGCGCUGGGAAGCUGCUUCUGCGAAGGUCGCCGACCAAAUUCCACAACUGGCUGUAGACGGAUGCGGGGAUCUGGACUCUAGCGUGCUUGCUCUUCAGCUGCUCUAUUGUGAUGUUUUGAACAAACCAGCCGUAGGUCGAGUAGUCCUCCAAGGAGUGAAACAGGCUCUCUCAAUUCUGGAGGCUUCCAGCUACUUCUUGAACGACUUUGGCGUAGAGCACUGCAAGAGUUUCUUGGAAGCAGCCAAGUGGACCCCGCAAGACCGCGAGGCGAUUGGAAGCUGCUUCAAAGGCUUGGUUUUGGAGAUGGGACCUGAUUUGUCUGCAAGGAUGAACGUGGAACCCAAAGACAAGGCUGCUGCGCAGGCGAUUGUAAGAGGCCUUUUUGACGCGGCAAUUUCCCCAGAUGGCCCCACUUAUGAACAAAAGAAAUCCGCGUUCUACUUCUUCAAACAGUUCGCCGUGAAAACCACAGAACGGCCAAGAAAGUUACUAGAAGAGCAAGCAGAUGCAGGCUGGAUCGGUCUGGAUGCCAAGACCGUCCAAAGCAUCGCCGAGGGUCAGAUCCAGAAGCUGAGUUUUGCACGAGCUCUGAGACUACUGAUGAACCUGAGAUUCUGGUGUGGGGAAAGCGAUUCUUUCGAGAUUCUGUUCAGAGAAGAGCACCUAAGGCCCUUCAUCCGCGAGCUUUCGUGCUUGGGCUGGCAAACUGCGUUCUGCUUGAGACACGGACUUGGUCUUACGUCGGUAGAGGCUUUCUGGACGUCCAACGAAGCGCUGCAGUUUGCGACGGGAUCCUCUCAGAAACUGUUCAGCCUGUACGAUAAUCGGGCCACUAAGCCGUUGCUCGAGAUGUUUGGGAAGCUGAUCUUUGAACCCUUGGAGAAGCUGUUCAUCUGUGCCAGCGACAAGAACUCGGGAUUUGGCAAGAAAGAUAGAGCCACGUUGAUGCAGAUUUGGCUUCCAGUCUUGCUGAGGUUUGAACAAGCUGUGCUCCUGGGGGCAAACUUCAAGCCGUCGAGCGUAGAAACUCUGUUCAUGUCGCUGUCUCAGGCAAAAAAGCAGGAUUUGCUUGAGAAGUGGUCAUCUGAGGAGGUCAGCGUAUCAGCGAACAUCUCUGCAGAGGGGACAAUCCAGAAGUUUAUAAGCGAGCAGCUGCGGUCUCUUUCUCGAGCGCAACUAAGUGAUCCGUUGGAAAGCAUGGCUCGCCAGGUUGAGGCUUUCAAGGGGGCUAAGGACCAAAGUCGCAAAGAUGAAGUAGCCAGAGUCUUAAAUCUAUCAACUAUCCAGCUGAUUAGAAUGGAGCCCCACCGAAUCUGCGAUCUGGCCAAGUUCUGGUCAGAGAGGGACAUCGCGUCUUCAAUCUUGAUUAGAGACUACUCUCUGAUUCUAGACACCUCGGUGCGCAUCCUGGAAGCAACCGCUGACGUCAACAACUUGGUCCCGGGAAACGUCAGGUUCUCGUUCCUGAGUUCCGUUCUGCCAAUCCUGCUUGAAGCGGACAAAACGGGUGGUCUCAAGAAAGAGGCGGCAGAGGCUUUUGAGACCGUCCUUUCCACACUGGCAACUUGCAAGCAAGAGCAACUGGCGCUGCGGUGGUCCAAAAAAACAGGACAGAAAGAUACGGACAGUACUGAGCAUCUGAAUCGGCUCUUCUUGGAUGAAGUCUUCAGCAAGUGGUGUGAAACGCCCACGUCGUAG